AUGGCAUCGAUUCCUCCACUUGGAUAUGCCUCGACUGUGAACCGCGUAUUGGAGAUUCCAGAGAUAAUCGAGCUGAUACUUGAAUUUCUCGACUUGGGAGAUAAUGCCAGAAAUGCUCUCGUGUGCAAGAGGUGGUCGGAAAUUUGCCUCGAUCUUCUGUGGCGCAAAGUCGAUAACCUCCCUCGGCUAUUCUCAUUGCUGGCACCUCUUCAUGCCACGCGUGAUGGUAUAUACGAGAAUUUUGACAGGACGUUGAACUUGGAUGAUUGGAGGCGGUUUGGGCGCUAUGCUCGCAGAGUGCGCACGUUGACACACGCUGAAGGCGGUGAAGCAAUGCGCACGGAAUUAUAUCUUGGGCAGGCGGUUUUUGACGAGUUGGCGCGGUCUCGUACGUCGCUGAGCAUCGUUCCAAACCUUCACACUCUCCACUGGCGCAGUGACCGGCUGCGACCCUCAGUCCUAUUUAUGAGCACCACUGUCCGACACUUUUCGGUUCAACUCCCCAAAUUCACUGGGCAAUUUCUCUUCGACUUUUUCGAAGAUAUCGCCGAGCGUAUGCCUUUCCUCACACAUCUCGAUCUGUCAUUUGAACUCCCCGUACGCAACAUUGAAGGGUCCUUGGUCAAUCUAUUCAAGAAGCUGGAAAAACUGAAGACCGUGGUUCUACCUCUAUUUUGCCUUUCAAGCAGAGUGUUUGAAGGCUUGUCUAUCCUCCCUUCCUUGGGAACCAUCCAGUUUGAAUACAUGGAGCAACAAGGGAGAGGGGAUGAGAGAGAUGUACAGCCAUUUUCUCCUGUAUUACAGGAGGGUGCCUUUCCGAAUCUCUGGGAUUUGUCGCUCAGUGCUGAUCUUCCCGACAUGAUACGCCUCCUGAACAGGAGCUACGCUCCAACAAAUUUAACCACACUGUAUAUCCAUAUGUUGACCCCUACUCAACCAUCUGUCAUCUCCGACUUUUUGGUUACUGUGUCAGAAGUAUGCAAGCAGCUCAAGAAACUCUACCUUGAACUUUUUGUUCCCAAGAAUUCUGCGCUUCCUGCUAUUGAUCGCCUGAGUUGGGCAGAUUUACGCCCGCUUCUGUCCUUCAACCAACUUUCUGUAUUCGAGCUGCGUCUUGAUCUCGCCCUGGAUAUAUCUCAGGGAGACAUAGAAGAACUUGCAGCCGGGUGGCCGUCUCUAGAAGUACUCUACCUGAAUAAUGAACCUAUGCCGCUUAUUGGGGGCGAAGCAUCUCCGCUCACUCUUCGAGCUCUGAUCCCUUUUGCGCAACAUUGUCCUAAGCUGCGCGAGCUCGGCCUCUAUCUCUCAGGAUCCAUUGAGGAUCCUAAUUCUUUCGCUUCCACCAAGAAUGGACUGCAUUUGACGCUUGAGCCGUUCCGCGAACUGGUCAAGUUGUGCGUCGGGGUCUCCUCUAUCUCCGAGCCAGCAUCCGUGGCGCUUUUCCUUAGCCAGCUAUGUCCAUUAGGAUGUGAAAUUUUACCGGGUGUGAGCUGGCCCGACGGAGUUGGCGUAGUUCAGGUCGGACACCCGAUGGCGCAGGAUAUUCAGCGCCUCUCGAACGAAUGGUACGAGAAGUGGAAUGAGGUUGGGCGCUUCCUUCCCCUUCUCACGCACCUCCGAAUGGAGGAACGCGAACGCAGGCGAGCGCUGCAGGAGGAGGUGGAGGAUCUAAGGGUGCGAUGCAAGCUGCUUGAGGAACGCGCGUCGCUACCGACGAGCGAGUUGGACGGAUCAUGUGUGGUUUUAUGA